UGCUUUCAUCCCCCUCAUCACCAAGCAGGAAAGGCCGGGACCUGAAUCAGCCUCACUCUCGGCCCGACGCAUUGCCCUGACUCAUCGUACACCCGCCGCCAUGUCUUUGCAUCCACUCCUCCUGGUCCGACAGCCCUCUCCCCGCCUGUCCGAGGGGAUCCUCACCCACCUCUCACCACGCACGGCCGACCCACCCACACUCGCUCGCUCUCUCGCACAGUGGAAGGCGUAUGUCGACGUCUUUCGGCAGCGGGGAUGGGACGUGAUUGAAGUAGAGGCAGCGGAUGAGUGCCCUGAUGGCGUCUUCAUCGAGGAUGCAGUGGUCGUCUUCCCUGGAGAGCCGGGCGUGGUCAUGCUCGUCCGAUCUGGUAGUGAGGAGCGCCGCAAAGAGUACGCGACGGCGAAGAGCGCGGUUGAGGAGCAUUUGGUCAAGAAGCGCGGCUUCGAGCUUGUGGACUUUUACGAUGACAAGGUAGACUCAACGGGACAUGCCACGAUGGACGGCGGCGAUGUGCUCAAGGUCGCCAAGGAGAAGACGGUCUACGUGGGUUUGUCGGGAAGGACUAACAAGGAGGGCGUUGAAGUGAUCAAGCGAGAGAUGGGAAUGAAACGCGGUUGGAAGGUCGUGACUGUCGACAUGGGAGGCAAGGGCUGGCUGCACCUGAAGUCCGCGACGACCGCUCUCCCCUGUGGCUCCCACUUCCUGCUCGCCGCCAUGCAAGGUGGCGCAUCUCGCCCGGACUCAAAGACACUGCGGAUCAAGGAAGAAGGCGAGACGCCUUGGAUCGAGGUGGCAGAAGACGAGGGCGUGGCAGUCGUGGAGCUUGGCGGCAAGGACGUGCUCCUCUCCUCUUCUGCGCCGCGUACCAAGGCUCAGCUCGAAGCGCAAGGCUGGAACGUCAUCACGGCCGAUGUGGCAGACUUUGAGGCUCUCGAGGGGUGCGUGACAUGCCUAAGCGUGCGCGUCAGGUGAGAUGGGAUGGGGUAUGCAAACCGUCGCAUUUCGACGCAAGGCAAUAGAGACAUACAGAGUUGAUGAUGACAAGGAAAAGGAAAGAGUGUGGAUGUUGAGUGACCUUCAAGUGUAGCCUUCGUCUGUCGCCGCAGCUGAAGA